UUCUUUUUUUUUGCAGGUAUAUUCAAGUACUAUUUCUUUCCUUCGUACCGUUUACGAUAAGCUUCUGGUAUACGCCCACGGCCGACCCAUUUCAAACCGAUUUCAACUGGGUACGAGACGAUCCCCAGUUCGAUUGCAUCGUUCCAAUCACUUACUACAAACAGAUCCUCAACAGUGGCACUUUUAUUCGAAACAAUAUGAUUGUCACGUCUGUUAUACCUUUGGAGCAUAUUUUCAAAUGGCCUACAUAUAUGAAGGUGUAUAUGAUAAAAGAUCGUUACAAUUUUUCUACAGGUAUACUCAAAUUCUAUUUUUAUCCUUAGUACAGUCUGCGCUGGGUCAAUGGUGGUGGGGCACGACCGAUCCACUCGAGAGGGAAUUCACCUGGGUAAAAGAUGAUCCUCACUUCGAUUGCAUCGUUCCCAUCACUUACUACAAGCGAAUACUUAACUGUGGUACUUUUAUUCGUAACAAUAUGAUCGUUACGUCCGCUAUACCUCUAGAGGAAGUAUUCAAAUGGCCCACAUAUAUAAAGAUUUACAUGAUACAAACACGUUACAAUAAUUCAAAAGGCGUAUACGCAAUGCACAGCGUCGGUGACAUAUGGGGUAAACAAUAUUUCUGGGUGUUUUGGGGAUACAAACGUUACGAACGCAAUCCCGUCCACGACCUCAUGUUCUUGUACGUGUCUUAUAGGUUCGGCAAAUUUUCUAACUCGACGAAAAGACUCCCCUUUUACGUGCCAUUGGCGAAGCAGUAUGAUAUCGAGGAGCCGAGCGGCUGGAAGACGGCCGCUUUCUCCCUGACGGACUGGCGCCACGUGAAACACAGCACUAAGCUGGUGCCUAUCUACUGGGAUGAGCCAGUGCUAGUGGACUGCCAGGAAUACAUCCCCAAGUACUGGGGCUACUUCAUUUGCAUAUUGAAUAUUGACAAAUAUCCUGUCAUCCAAUCAGGAGCACCUUUGAUACAAAACAAUAGAUUGUGGGGUGUGGCCUCGUUUUCGUUAAGAAGAGGUAAAGAAAGCAUAUUCGCGUAUACCGAUCUGAGACCCUACAGGCAUAUGAUUUACGGCUUUUAUAAAAAGUUUUUCGCGACAACGCCGCCAUUUUGGUGGGGAAAAUAACUUGCUUUUUUUGUGAAUAAACACUUCAAAAAUUGUUAAUUAAAUGACAUUUAUUAUCAUCAAUUAUAUAUUCUUUAAAAUUAAUAAGGCUUGUAGUUUCAAAAUACGAGUAUUUUGACUUCUUCGCUCAGCGGUCGCAACGCAACGGGUACGUUACGAUUUCUAUUUUUAUCCACAAGAUGAUAUAAUUACAGUCAGUCUAUCGGUCAUUUAUUUUUUAUAGACCACUGGUUUAAUAUUUUUUUAUCCUGUGGUAAUAUCAUUCAUCAAGGAGACGGCACAGCAAGCAGACGAAGAAUUAAAACAAAACAUUUC